AUGGCUUCAAUUACGCGCCAGCCCUUCGGCGAGCUUGGCGACUCUCGUCUCCAGAUGCUUCAGAGCGCGAAGAACAAGCAGAAUGCCAUCUCUGCCAACUUCGAUUCGCCCAUGAAGCCAACUCCAACCGCAUCCACCGGCAAGCGCCAGCGUGCACCCGAGAUCUUCGAAGAUGUCGACUCUGAGAACAUUGACCCAUCCGUCUUCGCUUCACCAACCAAGAAGUCCAAGACCAGCUCCUCCCUCGACUUCGGCUUCAUCAAGCCCUCCAAAUUCAAUCUCGUUUCAUCGCCGCAGAAGAGUGCCUCGCUCAACGCCACCCCCUCAGCCAUGUCCACCCGCAAGAUCCUCACGCCCUCAAGCACAAAAUCAACACCCAUCAACAAAAGCCGCGGAUCCCCCAAGAACAACCGCAUCAGCGCCAUCACCAAGCGCCGCGCCUCGUCCUCCCCAUUCCGCCGCGUCGACCCCCCCUCCUUCAACCAAAGCAGCCCUUCGCUGCCCUUCAGCAUCGAUGCCGCCCUAUCCGGCACCAUCUCAAGCUACACUCCCAAGGCCAGCGUCGCCGCUACCCCCGUCACCGCGCCACCUGCCCCUGUCGUCUCCUCGCUCGAAGAGUCUAUGCCUAAAGGAUGGUUCUUCGAGAUCCACGAGGACACCCCCGAGCAAGAAGCCGCCAACUUGAUGGAGCACUCCGCGUCUGUCCUUGACAUCUCGUCCGACGAUGAUGUUGCUACUAAGCAGCGCAAUGAGGAGCAAGAGCGCGGCAAGGAGAACAUUCCUCCUCCGGACUUCCUCUUGUCUCAGCCUCGCGUACACUCUGCCACCGAGUCGGAAGUUGAGGUAGAGCUCAAGAUCGAAGAGCCAGUCAAGCGCCCUCGCCUUCGCAAGAUUGUUCAGGAUGCAAUGGAUGAGGAUCGUCGCCCGCUUGGUGAUCUGGCUCCGUCGGAGUUUUAUGGCGAGGGAUGCGAUGCUAGCUCCUACGUCACUGUGGAUGCGGGCAUUGAGAAGCCGUCGAGUUUGUCGAAGGAGUUUGACUUCAGUUGCCUGUCUCCUGAGAAGGAGACAGUUGAGGCCGUCGAGGAGGUUGUCGCCGAUGCUGUUGACGAGAACGCUGCUCCUGUCGAGCAGGCCGUCGCUGAUGUUGCUGCAUAA